AUGGUUUCCUUAUCCUUGACGCUUGCGGUUGUGGAGGCUCUGCUAUUCGGCGUGGACAGGUACGAGGGCGUGCCCGAGCAGACUACGUCCGCCCAGGAAGUGAUUCGGGUGGCUGCAUUGAGUAGCAUAGGAACAGAUGAUGUGAGUAUAUUAUUAACAGUAUUUUUAAUAAGGGUAAUAUUCUCUGUAAUUAACUGUAAAUUAUUUAAUUUCCCCAGGAUCUCCUGCGCCGAAGGUUGCUCUCGGGUUUUCUUAGCUAGUAUAAUCACGCUAUUCAGAAAGGUUUCCAGGGAUUAG